UAACAAGUGAUCACACUAUGAGCGAUCACUAUGAGAAAGUGAAGUUUCAGCUGCAGCAGAAUGCGUCCGGAGAGGCUGUGGAGACGGAGGCCGCGGCCGAAGGGGAGCAGAUGUCCCCGGCCUCCGUGUCUCCAGUCACCGCUGAUGUCUCCUGCGCUGCUCGAAGAGACAAAUCCAGAGGUGGCGGAAGAAGUCAGAGUAAAGGCAGGAGCAAAUCAGAAGGCAAUGGGAGACAGAUGAACGGUAAACAAGUGUCGGAUCUGAUACCGCAGAAGAAGUCGGAUCCUUUACGAGUGUGCCUUAUCUGCAAUGAGCAAGCCCUUCAAAUUAAAGGGACGGGAAGGACCUUAACGGGUAAAACAGCGAAAAACGGUCACGUUGAGUCAUGCCAGAGACAGACGAAUGGGAAGUGUGAACAUCACGGCAAAGAGGAUGGGAGGAAAGUGGCUAAAAAGAGGAGACCUGUGACGGUGGACAUUUCAAAAGCGAAGACGUCGCUGGAAGCGCUGAAACUCAGCAUCAGACAACUGAAGUGGAAAGAGUUUCCGAUGGGUAGGCGGGCAGCCUGUGAUAUCUACUGGCAUGGUGUGUCUUUUCAUGACAAUGAAAACAUUGUUUCUGGGCAAGUCAACAAGUUCCCAGGAAUGAUAGAGAUGCUGCGGAAGAUCAAUCUGAGUCGUGCCAUGCGUACAAUGCAGGAGCUGUUCCCAGGGGAGUACAACUUCUACCCACGCUCCUGGAUAAUGCCUGAGGAAUACCAGCUCUUCUCUACACAGAUUUGUCUCCUGAAAGAUAAUGAUUCCACAUUCAAACCCACUUUCAUCUUCAAACCGGACAGCGGUUCCCAGGGCGACGGCAUCUACCUCAUCCGUGACCCUGCUGACCUCCGGGUUAUCUCAGGUUCUCAGAUCAAACAAGCUGUUGUUCAAGAAUAUAUCCAAAAACCCUUGCUCAUUGAUAAACUGAAGUUUGAUAUCCGCCUCUACGUUCUGGUCCGCUCGUUGGAGCCUCUAGAGAUCUAUAUCGCUAAAGAGGGUCUGUCACGGUUUUGCACGGAACCCUACCAAGAACCCAGCCAGAACAACCUCAGUCAUGUUUUCAUGCACCUUACCAACUAUUCCCUUAACGUGCACAGCGGUAACUUUGUCCACUCUGACAGCUGCAACACAGGCAGUAAACGCACAUUCUCUAGCGUUCUCUAUCGCCUAGCAUCUAAAGGAGUGGACAUCAAGAAGGUCUGGUCAGACAUUAUCGCUUUAGUUAUCAAGACGGUAAUCGCACUUGUGCCUGAACUGAAGGUUUACUACCAAGCAGAUAUACCGCCGGGCAAACCAGGACCUACAUGUUUUCAGAUUCUGGGCUUUGACAUCCUGCUGAUGAAAAGCAUGAAGCCUGUUUUACUGGAGGUCAAUGCCAAUCCCAGCAUGAGAAUUGAACAUGAGCAAGAGGUGUCACCUGGUGUGUUUGAAUAUGUACCAAGUCCAGUAGAUGAGGAGGUGAAAGUGGGGGUAAUCAGAGAUGCACUCCGGCUGAUGGAUCCCGCUCAGAGGAAACAACAUGUAGUGACAAAUACAGGAGGCGGUUCUCCAGAAGAAGCUAUCAUUGUGGAUGCAGGAACUGAUGAGAUAGAAGGGCUGGCAGAUUCUCUUCCAUCUUUGUGUUUAAAGCAAGUCUUCCCAAAAUACACCAAGCAGUUCAAUUACCUGCGGGUAGUCGAGCGAAUUGCUGGCAUUUUCAUGCGCUUCCUCGGGGUCAAAGGAAACAUGAGGCUAGGGCCGACCGGGUUCCGCACCUUCAUCAGGAACUGCAAGCUGAGUAACAGCAGCUUCUCAAUGGCCUCAAUGGACAUCCUGUACAUUGACAUCACCCGUCGCUGGGCUGGAAUGCUCUCCGACUCCAGAGAAGCAGGCAUGUGUCUUCAAGCAUUUUUUGAGGCCUUUUUCUACCUGGCAGCACGCAGGUACAAGGCUUUACCCCUACGGGAACAGGUGCUCUCACUGCUGGAGGUGUGUGAGGGUUCCCUUGAGGAGCAGGGCCACAGCGAGAAGCCACGGCCUCACAGAUCACACAAAAACACUAACCCCAUCUCUGCCCAUUCAUCAGCACCAACCAUACUCAACUCCCCUGCCCUGACACGCCGACAUUGCAGGCUUCAUCCAUUGCAGCCCUCUGCUAAGGGAAAUGCAGAGAACUGACAAUUACUCAUACAAACAAACAGCAUCCUUAUCAGAAAUUUUAGUGGGCAAAGUAAUGGGCUUUAGUUGAAAGAAAGAAAGAACAAACCAGGGUAGAAGUGGAGCUUUACCAGUGCUCUCACUAACUUUAAGUUAGUGCAAUAGAUAAAAUUGUAUUAUUCAUAUGUCAGAUUGAGAUUUAUUUCACCAUAAUCAACUAAAGGGACUAUUCACUCAAUAAUAAUUCCUGUUGUCAUAUGGAGAUGUUAGAAUGUAAAACUCACCAUGACAGUAAAAGGUAACUUAGGCUUACAUUCUGCCCAACAUCUGAGUUCCAAGAAAGAAAGAAAAUCAUAUUGGGUUUUUCACUUUUGUUUUACUGAAUUGACAGAACUGCUCCCACGUGUAGGAAUUAGGGUUGGGCGAUGUCCCCUAAAUUGGCAGUUGACGAUGUUGACAGUAAAACAUCGCGAUAAACGAUGAUAUCGUCGGGGGGGGGGGAGGGAUUAUAUAAUUUUAUAUAAUUUUCAAAA